CGUUGAUGACGACGUUACUUAGCAACGUCAUUUCUUGAACGCGAACGUACGCGACUGUAGUCUCACUCGUUAUAUGCGAACAAAUAAAUACAAUUUUUCAAACGAACUGUCGACAAAAAUGAACAGACGUACUACUAGAUCUCAGCAUACUGCUAAGACUCCGCCCGCCAGCCGGCAUAGUCCCCCUGCAUCGAGCGGACUGAAUAAGUUAUCGAGCUUUGCCAAUGCCUCUCCUUCGGACUUGAAUGGACUCGUAAGACACCCAGUUAAUCUUUACUCAACCCAGCAAGAAAAUAGCAAUGCACGAUUCAGCAAACCAGAAAUGACCAAAAAUGGGUACCAAAGUCGUAUAACCAUGCAGAUGACGCGAUACCUAGAAGCUGAAAGCAUCAAGCGCCAACUCGGGGAGAGCAUUGCACAGCAAUGCUACUCGGCAUCUACAGUUCAGGAAAUAAACGAAGCUUUGCCCAAACCCAUUAAAAUACCUGCACAGUUUCAAGAUGACCGCCAGUUUGCGGCCGAUCGUGUCCAUAGCCAGUAUGUGGAGGAAGUGAGGAAAUGCUAUUCUUACGUCAGUAAACAAUACGACCCUGUGCUGCGAGAUAGAGAGCAAGGGCUAGACAAGACACGUACCAGUUUUCUAAAACAGAAGGCAAAAGAAGACGAGAUCAGGAGAGCCGAAAUGGAACGGGAGAUGGAACUGGACUUGAAGAGGCACGAGUUGCUGAAGAAAAAAGAGCGCGAGAAAUCUAGGAAGAAAGGCAGUAAGAAAGAGAAUGAGCAUUCAGUUGAGAAGACAGAAUCUGAUCAUAUAAAUCGAACAUCUGAUCUGGCAAAAAAAGGAAAGAACAUGAAUACAUGUACCAUCAUGACACAGAUUGCUCCGGCUCCGCCCACUUUUGAGAAGCCUAAAAUGAAGACUAAUGUCGCCAAUGAAAUGCGAACACGCGCGCGCACUCCUCCAACUCAGGGUGAGCAACCAGAACUUGAGUCUUUGCACCAGCGUAUACGGAGGCGCCAUAACUUAAUGGGCUCGGAAGACAAUACUGUCGACAUGGUACCGGCUCCACCCCUAUAUGCGAAACCGGACACUUGCAACGUCAGGAGACACAAAUUUGUUGGAGACGGGAACACCCCAGAGAAAAAUGCCGCACUGGAUUUGCCAAGCGGAUCGACUUCUUCUACUACUAUUAAUACGAAUACAUGUUUAGGCGCGUCUCAUACGAACCAUAAAAGUCUUCAGGAUUUGAAUGAAGAGCUGAAAGCAAAACAGGAGUCAGAGCUCAGCGAGGCUGAGAUCAGAAUGGGCUGCGGAGGUAUUUCUUACCUGAUAGACACGAACACCUUCCGCCCGUCAACAAGCAGACGAGAGAUCACACGAGCCCACAAAGAGGUCGUGACCGGACAGUUCCGGCGACACGAGAAACCAGCCGUCAUGAGCUGGAACGCUACUACCGCCAAGAUGAAGGUCGGAUUCAAGUCUAAAUUGAGAAAAGAGCAGGACCAGGCCUCUUUCGACAAAACAUGAACAAUAACAACAGAACUGUAAAUAUUUAUGUACCGGUAUGUUAAUAUUGUUGAGUGUCACUGAACUCUCUGUUUAAAAUAAAGUUGAUUGAAUGAA